GAGGCCGAAAGGGAGGUAGCGGGUGGAUGUGCAACAAGCAGAGUGUGUGUGUGUGUAUAUAUAAACACACACUACUGUUCCUGCUCUUUACUGUGCAAGCAUUUGAUCAGGGAAGGCGGCUUAUUGAGAGCUGCCCAACUGGAAUGACAUUGUUGAGCACAAAGAACCUGCUGCUAAUGGUGCACUGCCGAUACAGAGCAGAGCGCCUGUCCCCGCUGGGUCUCGCUCGGGGCAAAGGCCGGGAGAACGAGGCCCGGAUGUCUCCACGUUUACGGCGACAAUGCCACUCCGUCUUGAGCAAACAGGAGGAGCGUUUGCUGCAGGUCCUGCAGCUGAAGCUUCAGCAGCGGAGGACCAGGGAGGAGUUGGCCAGCCAAGGAAUCAUGCCACCCCUGAAGAGUCCUGCUGCAUUUCACGAACAGAGGCGAAGCUUGGAGAGAGCUCGGACGGAGGACUAUUUGAAGAGGAAGAUUAGGUCUCGCCCUGAGAGAGCGGAGCUGGUCAGGAUGCACAUUCUCGAAGAGACGUCGGCUGAGCCCUCGCUGCAGGCCACCCAGAUGAAGCUGAAGCGUGCGAGGCUCGCGGACGACCUGAACGAGAAGCUGGCCCAGCGCCCGGGACCCCUGGAGCUGGUGGAGAAGAACAUCCUGCCUGUGGACUCCAGCGUCAAAGACGCCAUCAUCGAUAGCCAGGCACCGUAUUCGGCACUGGACAGCUCCUCCUUCGAUGAGGACAGCAGUGACGCUCUCUCCCCAGAGCAGCCGGGAAGCCAGGAGUCGUUUGGGUCAAUGCCAUCACCCACCGACUCCAAGGCCAGCGAUCAGCUCCAGCACAUUCCCAUGUCUCCAUCCCAGUAUCUUUUUCCGUUGCCAGUCGGGACGGAACUGAGCAAGUUAGUGCCAGUGGCCGAUCAGCCCGUGACGAAGCUCCACAACGGUGUGCCAUCGCCCGCCACCAAAUCAUUGCCAGCGCUCAUCAAGCAGAGCCAGCCCAAGGCGAGUCGUGACAAGCACCAGCGCAGCAAGAAGCUAAAGGAGGCCAAGCCCAGGGUGAAGAAGCUGAAGUAUCACCAGUACAUCCCGCCCGACCAGAAGCAGGAGAAAGCCCUGCUCCCCAUGGACUCAGCCUACUCCAAGCUCCUCCAGCAACAGCAGCUCUUCCUACAGCUACAGAUCCUAAGUCAGCAACAACAGCACUACAAUUACCACACCAUCCUGCCAGCACCACCCAAGCUGAACAACGACCAUCCAGUGAGCAGCAGCCCAGCCUCGGUCAGGACGGUGCCCGGCAGCUCGUGUCCCACAGGUCCCAGCUCACUAGCCCGGCAAAACAGCACCACCCCCACCGGCAAGCCCCCCACCUCGCUGCCCCCCAACCUCGAUGACCUGAAGGUGGCAGAGCUGAAGCAGGAGCUGAAGCUGAGAGGUUUGCCCGUGUCAGGCACCAAAACCGACCUGAUCGAGAGGCUGAGGUGCUACCAGGAGCAGAGCGGAGGGGGAGGUGGAGUUGGUGGAGUUGGUGGAGUUCCACAUGGGACGGCCGUGCCAAUGGCGCCCCCUGGCAGCGGCAGGAGCGGUACCGCGCCCUGCAAGCCCAGCGAGCCGAUCGUGAUCAUCCCAGUGGGGCGGCUGAUCGAGGGGGCAGCCCCCGCGGCGCCGGGAACCCCGGCGGCCAAGCCCGGAGGCCCUGCCCCCACCCCGCCCGUGUCCCCCGUCCCCUACGAGCAGUCGGUGGUCAGCAUGGAGGAGGGGUUGGAGCUGAACACGCCGGUCGGCCUGCUCCACCCCCCCACCCGGAGGGUCCUUGUCAAAGACGAAGGCGUCCAGCUCAACGGUCUGAGGGGCCCGGGCGGGGAACCCGAGGGCCCCAACAAGGACCAGAUGUUGCAGGAAAAGGACAGGCAGAUCCAGGAGCUGACCAGGAUGCUGAGGCAGAAGCAGCAGCUGGUGGAAGCCCUGCGCUUGCAGCUGGAGCAGGAGAAAGGCGCGCAACAGGAAGUGGGGGGCAACCAGAAGCCCCCCGUUGUCUCCGUCAAGCAGGAGGCGCAGCUCUGCAGUUGCCCGCUCUCCGGCCAGCCUCUUGGGGGCUCCCCAAGCUCGCCGCAGCACCGCGUGACGUCACCGGGACCUUGCUCGGCAGCGCCCAAAGCCGUGGUGGUGAAGCAGGAGUCCUUUCCGGGCCCAGGGGAGUACCAGGCCACCGUCUUUCUGAGUCCGCAGCCGUUGCCGCCACCACCGCCACUGCCAAACCCAGCCUCCCCGCCAGCCCUGACCACCACAAUCCUGACCACAGCCAACCCAGCCACCGCCACACACAUCCUCCUGACAGUGACCCCGCAGAACACAGGCACAAAUGUCCCACAGACACCGCAGCAUUCAACAGCGGACACCCAUUCAACACAACAACUGCAGCCAGGGCUGUUAAACCAGUCCGUGAAAAAGAGUCAGAAGCCACCUCUGCAGCUGGUGACCAGCCUGCCCGCCCCAGUCUUCUCCUACGCCUCCGCACCCCCAAACAUGCAGCCUUUCUUCCUGAACGACAUUGCCGACAGCUCCCUGAAAACACUGGCCAACCCCAGCCCUGCACUCAAGGCUCUGUCACAGCCCAGCUCACCCACGCAGCAAACCGCUCCCGCCACCUCCCCCAAAGCCAAGGAGCCGCCAUGCUACGAGGAGGCAUUGAAGCAGCAAUCGCACUGCCUCCCUCGGGCUAAGCAGCAGGAGAGCUCCAGAAGCCAACAGAUGGACGAUCUAUUUGACAUCCUGAUACAAAGUGGAGAGAUCUUGCCUCACGCCAAGGACCUUUCCUGCUCCUUAACCCCCUCCUCCCCGCAGAGUGCCCCCUCCCCCGUCUCCCCCCAGCCCACGCCCGCCAAAGAGCAGUCGCCGGAGCCCGCAUCACCCCUGUCGCUGGAGCCGCCGGGGGGCGGAGCAGGGGCGGGGCGCUUGGAGGACUUCCUGGAGAGCACGGCGGGGGGGCCUUUGCUCUCCGCCGGCCAGGACCAGGACGGCUCGGGUCCUCUGUCGCUCAUCGAUGACCUGCACAGCCAGAUGCUCAGCAGCUCCAGCAUCCUGGAGCAUCAGCACUCGCCCAUGGACACCUCCGACCUCCACUUCACGUCCGACGGCGGGGGCUUGACCCUUGACUUAGCGGACACCAAUCUGGACAACAUGGAGUGGCUGGACCUGACUAUGGGAGGUCCCUCUGUGGGCCUGACUCCCAGCUCCGCUCACAGCGUCUUCUCCACCGAUUUCCUCGACACCCACGAUCUGCAGCUACAUUGGGAUUGAUAACUCGACUGAAACCCCCCCCCCCAAUCCGCCACCCCCUCCUCUCCCUCUCUCCUUCUCCCUCUCCCUCUCCUCUCCCCCCUCCCCCGAGGAUUUGGUAAAUGGCACAUCACCGGAAAUGCCGCAGAAAUGCCUGGUAGUGGGGUUUUUUUUUUCCUUCCGUUGCCGUUACUUCGCCGAAGCGGAGAGAGAGGCGUCUGGAGGCACAGCGCCCGGGAAAACAUCGGAAGGACGGACGGCAUCGCUCGCCCCCUCUCUCUCGUCGGAGUUGAAUCCACGUGUCUCGGUUGGCGCUUUGUGGUGGGAUUGGAACCACAUUGCGAGCAGGAGGUCCUAACGUCAGCCCCGGUUCUCCAGAGAGAGAGAGACAGAGGGUCGUCUCUCCAACCCAACCGUACAAGGUGGUCCCCAGGUUUCACAGCGGCUUCCAGCCUCGUCGCACAUCGUCGCACGCUCACAGUUUCUCAAUUGCCAAGGCUGUUGUUCUGUUUUGUGGUUGUUUUGCACCGACUGGUGUGGGCCGAGGGAGAGAGGGGUAGACGGAGAAGAAGGAGGACGUAGGGAUGAACAGAAGGUGAAUUCCCCCAACCCCUCCGUGACCUAAACGUAUCUCUCGGUGGGUUUGGAGUUGGGUUGGGUGAGGAGGGGGGAGGGUGCGUGUGCGUGCGUGUGUGUUUUAAAAAAGAAUAAUAAUAAUAAUACCUCCCGGCCCGCCUUCCGGCAGCAACGAAACUCAAAACACAGAUUGAAUAUGUUAAACCAA